GUCUCGCUCGUCAGCGCCAAAAGCAUCGCAAGGACGAUUGUAGCUUCUUUGUAAGCAAGCCACCGCCACGAAAAACUGACUCGAGUUCGUCUUUGCGAUGGCGGCGCACUUCAUCCCGUCGGCAUCUAUCGGUUCCCGAGAAGUUUUGGCUCAGGAAAGUGGGCGCGAGGUGGAGGAGGAGGAGGGUGGGGCGGAGGAGGAGUUGUUCACUGAUGAAGAAGAAGACGAACCUGAGAUCAAGGACGAGCUCAAGAUCUUUGUCGACGCGACUAACCGGGAGGCGUGGUCAGAUGUGGUUUUGCAGGCGCGGAGGCAUAUGCGAUGCCACCCUAAACACCCAGGACGCGUUCGCGACGGCGGCAGGGUGUGCAUCUUGGUGGAUUCUUCCUCAUCAGACGAAGAAGAUGGGAAUAAUAAGCUUCUGGUCCGUCGAGCAGAGCCAGGCCCAGCAAACCCCACAUUCACCCUCUUCACCCAACUGCCGAAAGAACUUCGGGACAGCAUCCUCCUCACGGCCGUCGACCCCAUCGCCAUUGAGGGCUGGAUCAAAAUCGACCUCGAGUGGCGGAACGGGCCCCAAGCGCACUUUUUCCUCCGCCGAAUCAGGUCCUGGGCCGCCAUACCCCUCUUCGCCGUCAGCCGGGAAACCAGGGCGCUGGCGGUCACGGCCUUCGGCGUGCCGGACCCGCGGACCUUUCCGUUCAGCCCCGCUCGGGACGCUGUGGAGCUUGUGUGGGAUGGGGCCAUGCUCCCCACCACGUGGAGGCGGGUGGAGGACUAUAGGCUGGCCGGGCCCGUUAUCGCGGGUAGGUGUAGGUGUGGUGGCCGAGAGACGAGGCACAUCAAUAUUGACCAUGAAUGGGCUAUGCCGAGGGAGACGCGUGAACGGGUGCAGAGUAUGUUUGUCGACGGGCGUUACGCGAGGUUCGAUUUGGGGCUGAGGGAUGGGACCAAGGGGCCGUGGGGCCUUGUGUUCGGGUUGGUGAAUGGGUUCUUUGGCGGGGUGAGGGUGUUGGGGGUGAGAUUGUGGGACUCGGAUGAUGAAGGGUUCGAGGGGAGCUUUGACACGGCGAAGGGAGAGGCGCUUUACAGAGUCGACCAGAUGGACUUUUUCGAUGGGAUGGAGGAAAUUUUGUCUGAACCUGGAGCUGAGGAUCAAGGGGUGAGAGUAGAAGCUCCCUUCCCGAGGCUGAGGUUGCUGAGGGUCUUGCCUGAGAUACCAUGGCCCAAGAGACCACGUAAGUUCAGGUUCAGAAAGGUAAGGGGGAGUCACUUCCUGGUUGUUGGUCGAGGAGGCAUACCGACAGCUAAGCCUUGACUUACAUGUCACUCAACUUGAUAUCGUGAAGAGCAAUGCUCGACUUGAACGUGGCCGAGGACUCACUCCUAUGAGCCUCGAGGGUACUAGCCAGACAGGCACAACACAUCAUCAAACAGCACAAAGCCUUGAAUGACAGUAUUUUGUAGCCUUUUGGCGUGAAUUGUGUAAUGCAGUGCUACCGUCGAAACAACAAGAGAAGAGGCUUGACGGGGAAUAAGAGUGUACAUAAAUCAUGACACGCCACAAGACUGGGGCUGCAUUACAGCUUUAGUUACCAUCACGGCAUUUACUACUCGAUAUCAUACGUGUUGUCCUGCUUUAAUGGUCAUGCUCCGAUGGUAGCAU